GGAGCCGAGGCAGCGCCGCGCCCCCCGGGCGCUCCCCGCCGCCGGGCCCGGACUGCCGCCCCGCACCGGCGCCGCGAUGGACCCCUGCUCCUCGCUCUUCAGCUACGUGUUAAUGCACUUGUUCGUCCUCUGCCUGCAAGCCCAGGUAACUGUUCAGUCCCCACCUAAUUUUACGCAGCAUGUGAGGGAGCAGAGCCUGGUGACAGAUCAGCUCAGCCGGCGGCUCGUCCGUACCUACCAGCUGUACAGCCGGACCAGCGGGAAACAUGUGCAGAUCUUGGACAACAAGAAAAUCAAUGCGAUGGCGGAGGAUGGGGAUGUGCACGCCAAGCUCAUCGUCGAGACGGACACCUUUGGGAGCCGCGUGCGCAUCAAGGGGGCCGCCACGGGCUUCUACAUCUGCAUGAACAAGAAAGGGAAGCUGAUCGGCAAGAGCAACGGCAAAGGCAAGGACUGCGUCUUCACGGAGAUCGUCCUGGAGAACAACUACACGGCGCUGCAGAACGCCAAGUACGAGGGCUGGUACAUGGCCUUCACCCGCAAGGGCCGCCCGCGCAAGGGCUCCAAGACCCGGCAGCACCAGCGCGAGGUCCACUUCAUGAAGCGCCUUCCCAAGGGCCACCAGACCACCGAGCCCCACAGACGCUUUGAGUUCCUCAACUACCCUUUUAACCGGAGGAGUAAAAGGACUAGAAACUCCAGCGCCAAGGCGGGCCCUUGACCUGCCCUCGCCUGUCGCUGGAGGACUCUCCUAGGAGCUCGGACUAUAAGUAGAGACUUUCCCGUAUGGUUACUAAAAAAGAAAGGGAUGGGGGGGAAAGGAAGAAAAAAAAUACCUGCUCUAGUUGUUGAUAACUUUGGGGGUUUGUUUUGUUUUUACAAAAAAAAUAAGGAAAAAAGAGAAAAAGGAACAGAGGCUCUAUUUUUGUAUUCCAGCUUUAAAAGAAACGAAAUGUUCAAAGACUUGUGAAGCGGGGCAAAUCCCUUCACUUAGAAAUGUGCUAGUCUGUUUGGGGUCGCGUUUUUGUUUUGUAUUUUUGUAGCUCUAGGGGGAAAAGAGUGGGGAAAAAAUCGCCGUUUAAAACAAACAAGCAAAAACAAAAAAUCAUGUCCAAAUCUGAGAGCAGUGAUGAUACCGAAAUGAACUGAAUUAAUGCUUGCCAGAGAAGAUGGAGAAGUCAGCAAAUAAGGGGAGGGGACGAAAUUCGGAGGAGGCCUGAGGACUCCUGGGUCCUUUACGCAGCCUCCGUGGAUGCAUGGGGACUGCCUGAUCGGGGCUGACCACAGCACCCGUUGCAGGUUAGGACCGCUGAAUGUUUUCCCUCCUCCAAUGUACCUAUGUCUCGAGCUGAGUGAGCGGUUGUUGGGAGCUCUUUGGAUCCUUCAGAAAACACUGCUGGCUUCCCAACUCUGCUAUUUUUCCUAAGGUGCGGACGGGGUGAAUGGAUGCCCUGGAGAAAGUCCUGAAUUGACUCAGUACCUCUUACCCACGAGAGCAUCCUUGGCAUUAUUUUUAAGCUACUAAGGUGAGGCAGUAGGUGAUGACUGCCAUGGAACAGGCUGGUUACUGGUAUUUUUUUUUCCAUGUGGAAAAUGUGAACUCUUCACCAAAACUUGUUUAUUUUUUUAUUUUUUUAAUUUUUAUUUUCUAUCAAUCAGAUGGAAAUUUUCAUCCUUCAGAUUAAAAAGAAAGUGUUUUAAAAUUGCUUUGUAGCCAUUUGGGGCUUUUUUUGUCACAAUGCUCAGUUUACGGUUGACACUUCACCUUUCAGCUGUCUCUUUCAGGUUUGCUCUCUUGAGAAACACUGCCUUCCUUCCUUCUAGGAAAGAGGUGGUUUUCUUUUUUUUUUCUUUUUUUUCUUUUUUUUUUUUAAUAAAAUCUAAUGACAGAAGCAUAGUUUCCUAUUUAAAAACUCUUGCCUGAAGACCCGCAGCCAGCCCAGCUCUGAGCACGCUGCCCUGGGACUGCUCCUCUCCCCGAAGGGUUAAAGCAAUUAUUGUUAAUGGGGAGGGCAAACAAAGACACUGGAUAGGAGCCAGGACCAGGGGUGACUUUUCAUCCCAUCUUUUUGAUUGUUUGUUUGUUUCUUUUUGUUUCCUUGAGGAUUUUUUUUGGUUGUGUACAAAUUUAAUAUUAAAUGACUGAAAUAUUUA